AUGUAUCCCGUCAGCGCCUUAGGAGGACCACAGUUAUCUCACUGGAUGGGCAGUGAUGGCCUGAGCAGCUUCCAUUCGUACCAGCAGCCAAGUUUACCACUAACACCAUCACCUGAAGCUCAGAGAGGAUAUUUCACUAAUGUAUCGCCUACGUCCUACAGCGGAGUCAGUGCUUUGCCUUACCAUUACAGCCAACAAAGUUACACCAACAGCGUCACGCCCCCAAUGCUCUCUCCUCCUCCUGAGAAGCCUGUUACGCCGCCGAAGGAAGUACAGACGCGCCCCUGGUGGAGUACAAGUGGUUCCACGACACCAACGUCACAUAUCCCCCACAGUUUCCACCACCAGUUUUAUCCUCAGUAUGCAAAUUCCAGUGUAUCAUCAGCAGGUCAAGCAACACCAGCAUAUCUUCAGUCCCAUCCGAGUUCCGUCGCACAAGAUCCUGUUUUGCAUCAUCCAAGUGCCAUCGCGUCUGCUCUCCUCAACGCACAGUCAUCCGUCAGUGUUCGGCGUUGUCGACGAUGCCGUUGCCCCAACUGCCAGAACGCCCCACGAGACGGUUCGGGCGCCAAGAAGAGGGAGCACGUUUGCCAUAUUCCCGGAUGCGGCAAAGUGUACAGCAAAACGUCCCACCUCAAGGCUCACCUUCGGUCACAUGCCGGAGAGAAACCAUUCGCGUGCCAGUGGAUCUUCUGCAACAAGGCCUUCACUCGUUCAGACGAACUCCAGCGACACCUGAGAACGCACACGGGCGAAAAACGCUUUGAGUGCGUCGAGUGCGGAAAACGUUUCAUGCGCUCCGACCAUCUCAACAAGCACGUCAAGACUCACGAGAACCGACGCGCCCGUGUUGCUUCCUCCGCCCUUGCUGAGAGUGAUGACGUCGAUGUAGAACUCUGUGAUGACGCCGUUGAAGACUGUGCUGAGGAACUUCUCUCCGUCACACUGCCAGACUCUCCCGUAUCUGAAGCAGAACUGCAGGAAGCUGACAUUGACGAUUUGCUAGAGAACUCUUACCUAUGUGGGAAGGAUAACCACUUGUCGCAAUGUGACUAUAUACAAAACUUCCAGAUCUAA